AUUAACGGAUAAAAGGAAAAGGAUAAUACUCGAUUUGGUUUCCGAACGUGAAUGGUGUGAAUGAACUGUCAAAUAUUCAAUGAAGUUAGCUGCUGUCUGGAAUCCUUCCGCCAUGCUUGUGUGUGUGGAGAUGCACUACUUCUUACAUUAGUGUGCCGUCCGUGAAAGCGGUUUUUCAAAGCUCGCGCUCGCCGUUUUCAUCGUUUGAUGCGCCGCCCGGCCGGACGCCGGUGCCACUGGUGCAUAAUAUUUACAUUACGGCUUCCAAAAACCCAACAUUCCACUUCCAACGUUGUCUUCAAUUAAAAAUGUUCGUAGUUAGUUCGAAAAUCGAAUGUUAACUUUUUAAUGUGGCCAGUUUAAGUGAAGUGUUUUAUGAUGUGCUUUCUGCGAGCGGUUUUAUUCCUUUCGUUGGUUUUAUCCGGCCUCCAUGCUUCCAUUGGGUCCGAAGAUAUCGACCACCAUUCAGGACAUAGACUACACAAGCACAAGACCAACAGAAAACACCGAGCUACUAAUGAAGAUCUCCACUUCGAUCCAAAACCAUUCAGUAAGAAAAUCGAACUGAAUACACCCGGGAAAAUCCAUUGUAAAGUGGCUGGUGGGCUCUCUCCGACCGUACAAUGGUUUUUGAAUUCAGCAGAUGCGCUGCCAGAAGGCGUAAGCUCGGCCAACGGUACGCUGCACGUGGCGUCGGCUGAAAAACGCCACGUCGGCAACUACACUUGCCGAGCCACUGAUGGCAACCACACCAUCACUGCGGAGAUACAUCUCGAUGUUGUCGUAUCGCCAAAAGUUAUCGAGCCUCUCCCGGACACGGAGAUACACAUCGGCGAGCGCCAAUCUGCGCUUUUGAACUGCCGAGCUAUUGGGGACCCGCUACCGACUACGCAUUGGGUCCGAAAUCUCACCAUUAUUAACCAAUCGCAAGAUGGCGUGGAUAUCGAAGGAGGUGUAAAUGCAACACACGCCAGAAUGUUGUUACUAAACAACGGCUCCCUAUGGAUUCGUUCAGCACGGCGUGAAGACUCAGACCGCUACGCUUGUACGGCGGGCAGCGCCGCCGGUAUGGCGCGCACGGAACUGAUCCUUAUUGUACAUCCAGGCACGUUUUAUUUUCUCAGUGCCGGGCGUGCGGUGUUGGUGGCCGCGGGGGUGGCGGCAGGUUAUAUGUUGCUGGUGUUGGCGCUGAUGCUGUACUGCAGAAGGCGUCGGCGUGAGCGGCGUCUUCGUGGUGAAAAGAUAGAGCUAGAAAUGGCGGAAGGCCGCGAAAAGUUGGUGGAAGAAGGCGAGGACAAGCCCAAGACCAACGGAGCACCCAACGGAAAACUGCCACACGACAGAGACAGCGGUGCCGACACGUCAGAGGUAUCGGCGGCAUCUCGCGUUUCCCGCCGAGGAUUUGAACAUCUCGCGGCCCCGAGGACCUUGCUCACGGAGCAGAUCCCUCUAGGCCGCGGUGAAUUCGGCGAGGUCUCACUGGCGCGCCUCGACGUGUCGGCACUGAAGCGCGCGCGCUCGGCCGCCGCCAGCUCAGCGCCACGUUUGCGUCCCGUACUAGUCAAGGCCCUAACUUCUAAGGACGAGGCGGCCGGAGCAGAAUUCCGUCGACAACUGGAAUUAUUUGGGCGCGUCCGGCACGAGGGUGUGGCGCGCCUGUUGGCGCUCUGCAGCGACGCAGACCCGCAUCUUAUGAUCCUAGAGCACACUGACUGGGGUGACCUGAAAACCUUCCUCCAAGCCACUACUGCAGAACAAACAGCGCAGUUCACGGGCGCUAGUGGCGCCAGCGCGGCGCCGCUGUCGCCGCAACACCAGGCCUUGUUGGCCAGCCAGCUCGCACACGCGGUCAACGCGUUGGCCAACCACCGGCUCACUCACAGAGACAUCGCAGCUCGCAAUUGCACCAUCUCGUCAGCUUUACGGCUGAAACUCACUAUGGCGGCCAUGUCCCGGGGGCCAGACACCGCACAUUACUACAAGCGACACGAUCAGGUGAUCCCGCUGCGCUGGUUACCGGCCGAGGCGGCUUUGGAAGGCGAAUACUCCGCCAAGUCCGACGCGUACAUGUUCGCAGCUACUGUAUGGGAGAUUUACACUAAAGCAGAGCUGCCAUUUGCCAAACUAAACGACAACUCGGUUCUGGAGCGGCUGAAGAGCGGCUCCCUCGAGUGGACGGUCCCGGCUUCGAUGCCCGAAGCGCUUGCUGAGUUACUGAAACGGUGUUGGAGCAACUCCCCAUCAGAGCGGCCGCAGUUCGAAGCCAUCUGUACCGAGGUAGACGCUGUAUUACAAGCGGUUACAUCCGCCGAAACUGCACAGGAAAACGACCCUUAAACACACCACUAUACAGUUCAGUUUAGAAUAUUUGUUCCAGGCGUUUAUGCCCUUUUGAAAUCAAUAUUACAAGCGGUCACAUCCGACGAAACUCCACAGGUAAAAGAUCCUUAUGUACAUAACUUUACGGUUCAGUUUCUAGUAAUGAGGGCUAUCGUUUUUUUGCUCACCAGUUGGCGCCUCUGUUGAUGGUGGUCUAAAAGACUAAAGAACAGCUGUCAGUCAUUGAAGUGACAUUUGACAUUUUCAACUGCGAAGACCACCAUCUACACUAGCACCCCUAGCGGCGAAUUCAUACGCGUUAGCCCUCAUUGUGCCAGGCUUUUAAAGUCGAUAAAAUCGUUUCGAUAGAAAAAUGUCAUACGAAACUGUCGCCAAAAAGCCGCUCCUAUACAAUCGAAGUUACAAUCUCAUUCACCGACACGGUAUAUUAAAAAAAUCUUUGAAGCAUCAUAAAUAAGAAGAUACUUAAACAGUUAAAUUCUUGAAACACGAUCAUAUUUAAAGUAUUAAGCGUAGCUUUAGUGAAUAUUUAUGUCAUUUUGAUGCAUUUACAUUUAUUAAUAUUAUGCCGUUUUUAUUUCGGAGUAAAUUAAGUAAUAUUAUAGUUAUAUUUAAGUAGUUUUAAGAUAACGAAAGCUAAAUGAUACUGCCAUUUUGUAAAUAAUGAUAUUAGAGUUAAGACUGAUAGCCAUAUUAGAUAAGGUUUAAAGAAGAUUGCCGUUUUUGCAGAUAAUAUUACGGUAGGUGAGUCAGAUCAAGCUAGCU